GCCUAUAGAGAAGCAUUAAUGAUGGGCGGGAGAGAUAUAUGACAAAGUCAUUAAGGAGCACCUUGAUACCAGAAGGCCUGAACCUGAGCAUGAAGAUCUUGUUGAUGUAUUGCUUCGAGUUCAGAAAGGUUCAAACCAAGCUAUUGCCCUUAGUAGUGACCAUAUCAAGGGUGUUCUCACGGACAUGUUCAUUGCAGGCAGUAACACAUCUUCUGCCAUCCUAGUUUGGAUAAUGGCUGAGCUGAUAAGGAAUCCAUCUGUAAUGCAAAGAGCACAAACUGAGGUGAGAGAAGUUGUUAAGGGAAAAGCAAAGGUUGAAGAAAACCACAUUUCUAAACUCAUGUACCUAAAAUCCAUUGUAAAAGAGGGAUUGAGACUCCAUCCACCAGCCCCAUUGCUAGUUCCAAGGGAAACAACAGAUGAUUGCGCUGUUGAAGGUUACCAUAUUCCAGCCAAGACAAGGGUGUUUGUCAAUGCAAAAUCGAUAGGUACAGACCCAAAGUAUUGGAAGAAUAAAAACGAGUUCCAACCUGAGAGAUUCUUGGAUAGUUCAGUCGAUUUUAGAGGACAACACUUCGAGUUGUUACCAUUUGGAGCUGGUCGUAGAGGUUGUCCUGGAAUGAACUUUGCAAUCUUGAUAAUAGAGCUUGCACUAGCAAAUCUCUUGCAUCGUUUUGAUUGGGAAUUGCCUCAUGGGAUAAGAAGACAGGAUUUAGAUAUGGAAGAAGCAAUCGGUCUUUACAGUACACAAAAAAGUUCCACUUUGCCUUGUAGCUAAUCCUGUGGCUUUAUAGUACAAACAAAAAGCAAUUUUUAUGUAAAAGAACUAUGGCACAAAAUAAAAGGCCACCUGUUUUUUACUAUUCAAAACCAGCAGAAUUGUUUCUAUUUUCCUGUUUGAGUUUAGGAAGACAUUUGAAACCGCAAAUCAAUAAUGGAUUCAAAUAACUUUGUCUUGGUUCAACUUA